AUGUCGUUGCUUGAUAAAGUGCCUGGCGAUCUCAAGCUCUACAUCGGAGGUCUCUUCACCUUACGUCGUAAAGACCAACUCGCUGAAGCCGGCAUCACUCAUGUGCUAUCGGUGUUGAGACUUCCUCUGGAAGAAAAGCUAUUCGAAGGAUACAAGCAUAUGGUUGUUGAGGUCGAUGAUGUCGAAGACGAGAACCUGCUUGAGCACUUCCCGGCAGCCACUCGUUUCAUCGACGAGGGUCUUGCAUCGGGAGGCGCAGUCCUUGUGCAUUGUGCCAUGGGAAAAUCACGGUCUGCAACAUGCGUCAUUGCGUAUCUCAUGCAGAAGUACAACAUCUCACCUUCUGAGGCUCUGGAACAAAUACGACAGAGUAGGCCGCUUUGUGAGCCCAAUGAAGGUUUCAUGAAGCAGUUGGAGCUUUACCAUGAGAUGCAGACACCAGAGAACGUUGAGGAUACACCGGCAUAUCAGCGUUGGGUCUACCAGCGCGAGGUAGAGAUGAGUCGUGCUUGUGGUCAAGCACCCGAGGCGGAGAAGAUUCGCUUCGAGGAUGAACAUGUGACUGCAAAGGAUGACAGUGGAUUCGACAUGCGAUGCCGAAAAUGCAGACGCACUCUGGCAACAUCACAAUUCCUGAUACCUCAUCAAGCUCAACGGGGCCCAGCCGAUUCUUGUACACACUACUUCCUAGAUCCUCUAUCUUGGAUGAGACCGGAACUGGAGAAGGGAGAGGUGGAAGGUAGAUUGGAGUGUCCCAAUUUGAAAUGCAAAGCCAACGUAGGGAAAUACGCAUGGCAGGGCAUGCGGUGCAACUGCGGAGAGUGGAUAGUGCCAGCCAUCAGUCUAUCAAAAGGCAGGAUAGACGAGGCGAAGAAGCGUGCUGCUGAUCCUAGUGCCAUGGGCAUUCGUAUGCCGGCAACGGCGGGCCCGCGAGGUCCUGGACAGAACAAUCUUUGA